CAGUCCCUCAGCUCAACACAUUCGAAGUCUGUCUCCCUAUCCAGCGACACCAGUCGAAGAAGCCAACUCCACACCAAAAUGUUCAAACUGUUCGUUCUCGCUGCUCUUUUGGCCGUGGCCGCUGCCAAACCCAGUCACCUGGCUGGAUCCCCUCUGGUCUACGGCGCUCCCGCCACCACCACCGUCGUCCAGGAGCCCGUUCUGGCCAAAGUAGGAUCCGUGGUGAAGAGCGUGCCCACCGCCGUGUCCCACCAGAGCCUGACCCAGGUGCACAGCACCCCCGUUGUGGAGGAUGUGGUCGCCCCCGUGGUCAAGACCACCGCUGUCCACUCCGCUCCCGUGUUGGCCGCCGCUCCCAUUGUGAAGACCGUGGCUCCCGUCGCCUACUCCGCUCCUCUGGCCUACUCGGCCCCGGUGGCCUACUCCUCGUACGCCGCUCCUCUGACCUAUUCCGCACCCGUGGCCUACUCCGCGCCCCUCUCCUACGCCGCACCCGCCCCCCUGCUGCACCACGCCCCCCUGACCUACGCCGCUGGCGCCUGGUAAUGU